AUGUCUUCUGAUAACCUUACAGAAAUAAAUACCAGUUUGGCUGCAUCUGAAACUGACGAAGGUGAGGAUGAUUUGUAUAAAUUGGCUUCAAAAGAGGAAGAAAUAAAAACAAUGACACCAAAUCAAAAUGAAGAUGAAACUACGAAUAGAAUCUCGCACGUUAUAAAUAUGGUAAGUGCAGAACCACAGAAUGGAACUGCAUGUGAUGCCAGUACAUCUCAUUUCGGAGAGAAUGAAAAAUCACAAUUCGAAAAUACAUCCUCUAUCGGUAAAUCUCAACAAGAAAUAGCAAUGACUUCGACUGAGCCCAUCCAUUCUGAAGGAAAAUCAAAUGACCAGAAAUUGGAUUUAAACAAUGGGGAUAAUAAAGCGUUCUCGAAUUUUCCUAAAGAAGGCUCCACUGGGCACUCUCUAGGUACUGAGGGCACUCUCACCGUUGAACAGAAAGCCGGGGAACAAACGCAAGAAACAGAAGAAUUUGAAUCUGGAAUCGAUUUGAAUGAGCCAUUGGAUAUUGAACAGGAGAUGGAAAAUAAUAUCAGGGACUCAAACGGAUCGAAUAAUAAAAUAAAACGUGACACAAUUGGGGACACCGAGGAAAUUCAUCCUGAUGAGGAAAUUGAUAAGAAAAACGAUGUCAACAGCACUCUAGAUAACAAUAGACUGACUGAAAAUAUUUCAAAAAAUGAGUUUAGUGAAUCAUCUGAUAAGGAAACCGGGACCAUAAUAACUAUAAAUGAAAAUUUUAUCUCCAUAGAUGGUGAAUCAUCGCUAACAAAUACAUCUCAGAGUGAUAGUCAAAGUCAUAUUAUUGAUGAACCUGUUACAGAACCUGCUCUGCCCAAAACUUCAGAAGAUAAGGGUGCCAGAAAAGUACCACCUGUACCUGCGCAAAUCUCAAAUGGAACGAAUGAUAUUCCAAGCGAGAAGAAACUUUCCAUAAUUUCGACUUCAACAUCACCACCAUUGCCACCUAGGCACACCGUUGAGAGGUCUACUUCACCAAAAUUGCCACCAAGGGGUAGGCAACGGGAAGAAACAUCAAAGACUAAGAAUGCUGUUCCACCAUCUCUAGAGGAGGAAAUGAAAUCAGAAAAAUUCCGCAAAAAUUUAGAAGAGACAAAAAAAAGUAGUCACCAUCAUGUUCCUCUCAUUGAUUCCAAGACUGCACAAUUAAACUCCACUGCAGAAAUUAACCUAAUCGCUAGUCGUUACCGUAAGACCAGCCAUCAUUUGAAUAGAGAAGGAGAAGAGACAAGAGAGUCACUACAGGAGGGCCAAAGCUUUUUAAAGUCUACUUAUACGUCAUUUUUAGAGAACUUGCCCGAGUAUAACGAAGUGGAGGAUGUUAAUGAAGAAGAAAGGGAAAUGUUCAAAAUUGAUUGGUCUUUCUGGACUCAAGUAGUGAAUGAUUUUGCUACAGUGGCGAGUAAUGAACCAGAGAAGUUAGAAGCGCAUGUUACUGAUGGGAUACCACCUCAAAUUCGUGGUAUCAUAUGGCAACUGAUGGCAAAUUCCAAAUCAAGGGAAAUGGAAGAUAUAUACGAAACUCUACUGGAUACCGAGUGCCUCCAUGAGGCAACUAUACGUAGAGAUCUAAGGAGAACGAAGUUCGUAGCUGAGGAUAAAAUGGAAUCCCUAUUCAAAAUCAUAAAGGUGUAUUCUGUUUACGAUCCAGAUGUUGGGUACACGCAAGGAAUGGGGUUCAUUGCAGCACCUUUAUUGAUAAACUGUGAUAAUGAAGCUGAAACGUUUGGAUUAAUGGUUGGAUUGAUGAAGAAUUAUGGACUAAGGGAACUUUUCUUACCGGGGAUGCCCGGACUGAUGUUAAUGCUAUAUCAAUUUGAUAGAUUGCUAGAAGAACAUUCGCCCACUCUAUACAAUCGUUUGAUCCGUGAAGGAAUCAGUUCAACAAUGUACGCUACACAAUGGUUCCUAACUUUUUUUGCAUACAAAUUUCCACUAGAGUUUGUAUUAAGAAUUUUUGACAUUGUGUUUGUGGAAGGUAUUGAAGUACUUUUGAAGUUUGCUGUAAACUUAAUGUUAAAGAACGAAGAAACCUUAGUAAAAUUAAGAUUUGACGAACUAUUGGAAUUCUUAAAGGAUGAGCUCUUCAAUUAUUAUUUGAUGAAAAGUCAUGACAAUACCUCUGUAGUUCAAACGGAAUUAUCAGGAAAAGACACAUCCAAAAACGAUGAGGAUAGGUCUUUAUCAUAUAAUGUCGAUCUUUUCGUUCAUGAUGCGAUGACAGGCGUAUAUAUUACACCAUUAACUUUAAGAAGAUACAAGGGCGAAUAUAUAGAAAUCCAUGAAAAGGAGCAGAAAAAGGAAGAUCACUACGAAUCACUAAGAAUCCAAAACCAUCAACUACAAAGAGAGGCACAGAAGCUAGAACAUGACUACUCAGUUUUGAACAACGAGAACAUCAGUGCAGCUAACGAGCUGAUUCAGAAUAGGUUAAAUAUGGAGAUGUUGCUAGAUGAGAAGAACGACUUGAUAAACACAAUGACUUACAUCAAUAACCAAAUUGAAGAAGAGAUUCGCAAACAGGAUUUACCCAACCCGGAUGCAUCAUUACCAAAGGCAGAUUUGAGGGAAGACCUGGAAAGGACUAUUUCCAGGAACAAUGAGGUAAUGAGGGAGAACGGUCAAUUAGAGGAAAGAAUAACAGAACUGCAAGCGGAAAUAGAUGAGCUGAUCGGUAUCAACAAGGAACAGGUGUCCACUGCAUCGUUGCUAGAACAAGAUUCAAAGGGCAAGGGAAGAAAAGGUUGGUCCAGUUUCAAGAAAGUUUUUAAAUAG